AUGGUGCACCGCUUUCAGAGCGCUGAAAACAUCUCAGACUGGAUAUCUACUAUGCAAAGUCUCAUCGAAUCACUUCGUGAGCUUUUCAUCAUUAUUGACCUCUCCAUAUUCGGCACACGACACGGAGACGUUGCGCACUGGAUUGACGAAUUCUACGAUACACUACGAAAGCCAUCAGACAAGAAGGGAGCAUCUGCUAAGGUCAUGUUUCUGAUAAACAGAGAUCCUAUCAAGGGCAGUCAAUACCAAUUGAGGGCUCUUCCAAUGUCCAGCUCUACAAAGGUGUUGCUUCGGUCGAGUCCACAUGGUGACCCCGACCCCGGAAGUCAGCUUGUCAUUACCGAGUAUGAUUUGAAACUGCCAGAGCUCCUGCCUCACCAUGACGACAUACAGCCUCAACUACCAGAGCCAGCGCAAAAUCUUGUUCAGGUCAAGUCAGGCAGGCCCGACAAGAGUGAUACUUCAAAGUAUCGAAGAGACGAAGUUGGAGUUGCCAUCGUAUGUGCGCUUUCUCUUGAAGCGAAUGCCCUCGAGCCAUUCUGGGACGAGAUUCUGGAUGAAAAAGAAUUCGAAGUCCGAAGUGAUGGGAUCCACUCUAUCACUUACUCUGUCGUCAAGAUCGCCCAUCACAGUGUCGUCAUCCUUUAUAUGCCAGGAAUGGGUGGGUUCAACGCUGCCUAUGCAUUCGCGAGCUGCCAACUUGUCUUCCCAGGAAUACGUCUUGCUAUCAUCUCUGGCAUAUGUGGUGGGGUGCCAUUUCCCGACAAGAACACUGAAGUCCUACUAGGCGACGUAAUUAUAAGCGAUGGCCUGGUAAGCUAUGACUUUGGCAGGCAAUACCCCCAGGGAUUUGAGCGGAAGCGAGAGGUGGCAGACAGUGCCAGAAAAAUGCCAUCGAAUAUCAGUUCCUUCUUGUCGAGAUUGAAGACAACAAGGUGCCAUCAACACUUGAUACAAAGGACAGCUUGUCAUUUGGAUGCCGUUCGCCAGCGUCAGACACCUGGCUAUUCCGCUGGAUACCCUGGAACUAGCCAUGAUGUGUUGUUUGAGUCAAGCCCUUCACAAGAGCCCGAAUUCGAGAACAGUACGAGUGAAAUCAGUGAUCCGAAUGGGGUCAAGCAAAACCUCAAGAUUCCGCGGGAUGGAGAGAUUAUUGGCACCAUCAAGCGACAAGUUAGCCGGAAACGUCUCGAGACAAUGUCGAAAGCCGAAGAAAACGGUGAACCUAUUUAUCCGGCAAUCCACUUUGGGGUCUAUGGAUCAGGGAACAAAGUCAUGAAAUCAGCAAGCGACCGCGAUAGAGUAUUCCACGAGGACAAAGUAGUAGCAUUCGAGAUGGAGGGUGUGGGAAUUUGGGACCAUUGCCCGUGCAUAAUCAUCAAAAGCGUUUGUGACUAUGCGGAUCAACACAAGACCAAAGAGUGGCAGAAGUACGCUGCCACAACGGCAGCUGCUUGUGUCAAAGCUUUUCUAGAAGUGUGGCCGUUGGAACAUUAA